AUGGGAGCGGACAUCAGGACUGUGGUCCUUGCAUUGGGGAUCUCCAUUUUCAAACCUUGCCGUCGCAAAGUCUCCUUUCAGGCCGGGAAGAAGGUGUGUUUGUGUGUGGUUGUUUCUAUCGGCUCCUGCAUCUGUAAACCUCUCAAUAACGACAUCCAGAGUGAGGAAGCUGAGGGAUUCUACUCCCAGCUGUCAGAGGAGGACCUUCUGGAGGAGGAAGACUCCAGGAUGGAGAACCUCGUGGGAACCAUGAAGGAGGGAUUUCUGAGGAAACUCAACCUGUCGGACGUUCCUCAGGAGAACAGCAGAAUCAACCCUCCUCAGUUCAUGAUGGAGCUGUACAACAAGUACGCCUCGGACAACUCGGCAAACCCUCAGUCUGAUGUCAUACGAAGCUUCACUGUGCAAGAUGUCCCUUUCUCUGUGACAAACGGCACAAAGACAAAGCACAGGCUGCAGUUCAACGUCAGCAUGCCCAACCACGAAAAGAUCACUGCUGCUGAAUUGCAGCUGUUCUUCUACCCGGACCCCAGGUCAACGGUCCACUCUCCAGAAUUCAAGACCUUUGUCAAAGUCUAUGAGGUGGAUUACAACAAUUUCACAUCCACCACCCGACUGCUGGUGGGCAAAGAGGUGACAGGCUUGAAGAGCACGUGGGAGACGUUUGAUGUGACCACAGCUAUUCAGAGAUGGAUCAGAUCUGGCCACCAAGCAUCUGUUGUUGAUGUAGUGGUGGAUAGGAAGGACUGUGGGGCUUUGAAAGAUGGAGAAGAAGGAGCAGGAUGUUUGAAUAUGAGCCAGUCUGUUGGAGAUAACACAUCAGCAGCAUUGAUAGUGUUCUCAGAUGAUCUUGGGAGCAGGAGAAGGGAAACUAAGAAGGAACUAAAAGAGAUGAUCCUCCACGAGGAAGAAACCAUCUUGCACUCGGGCGCCGAUUGGUACAAAGGAAAUGAGCUUCCCAACGAAAUCCCGGAGGCUCAGCACCCACGGAGAAGGAAAAGAAAGGCAGAGAGGGAGCACUGUCAUCGGACAUCUCUCAGGGUCAACUUUAGAGACAUCGGCUGGGACAGUUGGAUUGUGGCGCCCCCAGAAUACGACGCCUUCGAGUGUCGAGGCCUGUGUUACCACCCGCUGACGGAAGAAAUGACACCGUCCAAACACGCCCUCAUCCAGAUGCUGAUGAACAUCAGGAACCCCAAGAAGACCAACAUGGCGUGCUGCGUCCCCAUCAAACUGGACCCCAUCACGGUCAUGUAUCAGGAGAACGGACGACUCACUAUAAGAUAUCUGUACGAAGAGAUGAAGGUGGCAGAGUGUGGCUGCAGGUAGUCAGGGAGGGUCGGUUUGCUCUGUUGGUAGUACAGAUAAUAAUGCUGCGUUUCAUUGAAGUCAGUCUGAUGAUUUUGCCCUCAACUGUGAGAAAAGUAUCCCAGAUCAGAGGAGAAAAGAUCUUUAUUUAUCCAUAGAAGAUGCAGUACAAAGUAGGAACAAAUGGCAUCAUAGCAUAAGUCACAUGAAUAACAUUUUAUAGAACUGUUGUGAUAUUUCAUUGGGUUAGGUCCAACACUGUCCAAAGUGGUGGACAGAUUUACAGACAUGCUAAGCUGCUAGCAUGGCUCAGAAUGUAAUAAUAGUCAUACAAUGCUUAAAUGAAAUAAACUGUAUUCAGCUUUUUGACAUGAAAAUAAUGCUAUUUACAGUGUGUGCUAUUCCUUUAAUUGUAUUGCUUAAAAAAAAGGAAAAUCCCAAAGUCUGUGAAUAAUUACAAUAAAAAAACAAACAAAGGAAACAGACAUCUUUACAUUGUGUAUUUAAUAAUGGUAAAACAUGUACAUAAAAGCUUACUCGUACACUGUCUGUGUUUAAUGUGUUUUAAUAAAAAUAAAUGAAUGUAUGUCAAAUGUAAAAGAGAAUAAAAAUAAUGAAAUAAAAAAACUGAAACCGUAUUUUUUUUUAAAACCCGUUGAUUUAAUAUAUCUCUUUUAUUGCUAAAUACAAAUGAAGUGUUUUCUGUGAUUAAAACAGCUCAAACAGAUCCAUCAGUAAUGUACAGAAGUGCUGUUUUAAUACUCAUUGCCACAAGAGGUUUAUUUGCAUUGGUCACAAGUGGAAAAUGACUCCCUGCCUCCUGAACACAUUAUCCUAGAUUACUGCUCUGGCUUUCUCUUGGUUUUAAUGUCAUACUGUAUUUAACCAUUGUAACUGUAAUUUGUUUAAAUUAAUAUAUACAUUCAGCAGUUGUCUGUGAAUUAUCACCAUAUGACUUGUAA